GUUGUUAAUUAAUUGGCGGUGCUUCGUGACUUAAUUCAGUGUUGGUCUUUACAAUUCAUUCAUUCGGCCUUAUUUGGCGAAACAUGAAAAGGAAAUCAAUGAUAGUUUGUUAGAGCUGAAUGAAUGUCAAGGCUAUGGAUUUUGUAGGAUUUGCUUGGAAUAAGGCUGUUAUUUACUGCCAAAAAGUAUUCACUGCUAGCUAUUCUUCUAAAUAAUGUUAUUACUUCUCAUCAGGAAACACUGCAGCCUCAUGCUUAUCAGGUGCAUGCAUAUGGACAAUCUAAGUUGUAAUUCUUGAGAUUAUUAAGCAGAUUGUGUAGUAACGCUUUUAGGAUAGAUUUGAUUAUGUAUAUUUUUCUGUAAAUUACAAACACUUCUUAGAUGGGCCCAUGGCCUUGUUUAAUAGUGUAAGUGUAUAACAAUUUUUCUCUCUGUCUUCUGAUUAUGAAUUUAUGUAUAUUUUAUUUUUUUGACGAAAUUACCCCUCUACUGAUGUACAUAUCCGUCCGGACGGAAUCUAAAAUUAUUGGAUAUGUUACUGAGGUGUUAAAAGAUUAAUGUCUCAAGUACUUUUGUUAAACAAAGUUAAUCUUUAUGCAUACAUAUCAAAUAAUUUAAGGUUUAUAAUUUUAUUUUUACAGAGAUGAUCUAGACUAUGUAAACAUUAAGAGGAAUAAAAAAAGUUAAAUGAAAUAGAAUGAAUCUGAUUAAAAAUGAGUAGAAACUUCACAUCAGGUAAAACAAACAGGAUUUGUGCUUUUUCAGCACAUGUUGUGUUGCCCACUUAUAAUUGACAUUUAUAAGGUAUGACUUUCUUUUGGGAACAGUGUGGGGACACAGUUAACACCACAAUAUUGCUGAUUAAUUCUCCUAUUCUUGAGCUUGUUAAACUAAAAACUCACUCAUAAAGAUAGGCCAAAGAGAGACAGUGUUGAACACCAGGCAUAUUAAUUUGGUGCUUGAACACUGAAUUAGUGGAUAGUUGAUACCUUCAAACAAACCACAAGAACAAGAAGCAGAAUCAGUGAAUGGAGAAUAGUUUGUGGGGAAACCAGAACCAGAAGAGGAAUGGAGAGGUGCUUGAUGGCUCCAACAUUAUGGAAUUGGUUGGAAACGAGCAAGGAUUCAGCAAGUUUGUCGACAACAAGUUUCAUGAGCUGGAUAAGGAUAAAGAUGGGAAGCUCUCCUUGAAGGAACUUGAGCCUGCGGUUGCUGACAUCGGUGCUGCUCUUGGUUUGCCUGCUCAGGGAACUACUCCUGAUUCUGAUCACAUCUACUAUCAGGUUUUGAAUGAAUUUACCCAUGGUAAGCAAGAAAAGGUGAGCAAGAGUGAGUUCAAAGAGGUUCUGUCAGACAUUCUAUUGGGCAUGGCUGCUGGACUGAAGCGAGAUCCAAUUGUUAUACUCCGCAUGGAUGGGGAAGAUCUCCUCGAGUUUCUUAAUGGUCCAAGUUAUGAUGAAGAAAUGGCAUCCAUAUUCUCUCAGAUUCAAAACUCUAGUACAUCACUUCGCGAACUUGUUAUUGAAGCUUUUGGAAGACUCAAUGUUGAUCGAGGAAUCCCUCCUACAUCAGAUUCUUGGGUUUUUAACAACAUUGUGGAUCCGGCACUGUUGUCUCAAGCUUUGGAUAGACCUGUUACUGAUCAAGAGACUUUUAUGGAAGAAUUCAAGAAAGGGGCAUUGAGUGUGGUUGAUUGUCUUAAAGAGAAACCAGUCAUUGUAGCACACAGUGAAAACACCUUUGAUGGAAGUGGUGUCAAGAGACUCUUAUCCAACAAGUUUGAAUUAGACAAGACGUUGAACACUGUAUUAGAGAAUUUGCCAAAAGAUCGAAGCGGAAAUAUAUCAAAGGACUCUUUGCGGGUGACACUAGAUGUGGUGUCUCCAUCUGCUGGUUUACCUCCAGUCGGUGCAAUUGAAGAGAUGGAUAAGGUUAUUAGUGAAGCUUUUAAGACAGUGAAUAACGCAGAUAACAAGAGUGUGAUGAUUAAAGAAGAAGAGUUCAAGAAAAUUUUAAGUGAGAUACUGAGGAGUAUCAUGUUGCAGUUAGAAGGAAGUCCCAUUUCCAUUUCUUCAAAUUCAGUUGUGCAUGAGCCUUUAAGCUCAUCUACUACACUGUUGCACUCAUCUUAAUUCUAGUUCUAGUGAAACAGCGUAUGUAUAACCGAUCAAUCAAGUAUAUGGCCGGUCAAAAACUAAGUACAAUAUUUAUUUAUUUACUUAUGCAAAUUGUUACCUGCAUCAUACUUCCUCCGUCUCAUAUUAAGCGUAAGUGUUGUUGAGUUUGAAAUAUUUGUUUGUCUUGUAACUUGUUAAUGAAGGCUUAGUUGUUUUUUUUUUGCACUAAUAUACAUACCAUUGCUUUUCUCAUGCAUUUUCUCAUUCUUGAGCUGUAAAAAGAAGUCGGCACAGAAGAAUCAUUUUAGCAUUUGUCAUAUGUUGUCUGAGAUGGUAACAGUUGGAAUCCUUGGCUAUGUAGUGGCAUCGUAUACAUCUAGGACAUGGAUCAGUUUUGGGCACAAACUAGGGAACAUAUGCCCUUUGUAAUCUCCACAACUUUUCCUCUGAAACAAUAUGUAAUCUCCUGGUUGAAGAAUGAUAAUUGUUAUUAUAAUUUGAAA